AUGUCUGACAAGAACCAGCAAGAGAAGGAGUUCACCACCCAGCCCAUCGACGAGGGCAAAAAGGAGGGCACUGGCUUCAUCGAGGCCAUCAAGUCCAAGGUCGCCCCACACGUUGCGGCGCCAGGCCCAGCGCAGUCGCACGACCACAGCCAGAUUCCUCAGGAGGGAACCAAGGAGGAGCGCCUGGCCAAGGCGAAGGAGUUGAACCAGUAA